AUGGACGAUAAUUUUUCAGUGUUCAAGUUACUUCUGCUUUUGAGUCUUUCUUAUUUGUCGAGCUCUAAUGCAAAGUUAAAGAUCAACAACGCAACGGCUCCUAUGGACGGAUUGUGCUCGUUAUCGAGCUACUUGAGCCGGGGUAACUGUAAAUUCUCUAAUGAGGGUUUAAUAUGUAGAAGAGGAUUCACUAAAGAGUGGAUAAUGAGAAUAAGGUACGAUGUAUUUCACUUAGAGGUUUUGGAAUGGCCUGGCGAUUGCAUGAAUGUUGAUCAUCUUCAGAAAUAUUUUCCGGAGCUUCAAACACUUGAUAUAAUUAAUAGCACUGUUUUGAAAUAUUUUAAAGGUCAUUUUGAUUCUACGAGUAAAAUAAAGAAAAUCGAAAUACAUGGUAUGACAUCUUUAUGGGAAGUGCCUUCAGAAAUGGUCAAAAGGAUGAGGGCAUUAAAAGUUUUGGAUCUACGGAAUAAUGUUUUAAGACAUAUGAAAGCAGAUCUGCUGAGAGGACCACCACAACUGGAAGUUGUUCUUUUAAGCGAUAAUAAUUGGGACUGCAGCGAUGGUGGUUUAGAUUGGCUGGCGAUGGAAAACGAAAAUGGCACUGUUAGAACCAAAAUCGUCGAUUACUACGAGUUAAUGUGCCAUCAACAACUUUACCGAGGAAAACCAUUGCAUAAAGUAAUGGACAUUAUUAGGAUGGUGCGCAACACAUGCCCUGAGCCUUGCGUCUGUGCUAUGACUCACGUUGUUUCUGAUAGCAAGGGCGCCAUCAUACCUCUCAUAACAGUUGAUUGUAGUAGAAAACAACUGGACAAUCCUCCACUUACUCUGCCUCCAAGCACGACUACAUUGCGCCUGGAAGGAAACAAGAUUAAUAGUAUAAGGCAACUUGCUCAAGGACCACAGUAUAAGAAAUUGAUGAAUUUAUUUCUUGAUAAUAACAGUAUUCAGUCAGUGAAAGAGCUGGAAGGAUCAGAAUUUUUUUCAACAUUUCGGGUGCUAAGCUUAAAAGGAAAUAUGUUGAAACAGAUUCCAGUCUACGCUUUUGACAAGGCUUUCCAAGGGAACAACGAUAUUAUGCACGUAUACUUAGGCAAUAACCCAUGGAGAUGUGACUGCCACUUCAUACCUCGAUUUCAAGGGUUACUCCUUAAAUAUAAAAGAGUUAUACGAGACCUGCAAGAUAUAAGGUGUGCGAAGUCAGAUGAUAAAACUAUAUCGCUUAAGCAGAUAAGCACAAUGCCUCUCAGCACAGUGUGUAGCGCUGAAGUUGAAAUGCCUAUAAGCACUAUGAAUAUAGUGAAUUUAAUUUUAUUACUACUAAUUUUCAUAGUUUUAGGAAGACAAAAUGAAAAUUCCAAGAAUAAAGUUCAUAAUUUAGAUCUACAAGAAGGUGAAAUCGUAAAGGAUGAAAUAAAACAAACGUUAAAAAGAAAGAUUGAAGUAAUGCAGGCAAAAUGCAAGAAAGCUAACCAUAAAAGAAAUUUAAAAUUAAUUUUUCUGGGAAAAUAUCUUGAACAAGCGAAUGCAGAAGAUAGUCGUUUAAAAAAAUUUUUGGAUAACAUAGAAGCAAUAUUGGAACGUUUUAAAAACGAAGUCAUACCUUUGGAGGAAGUUUAUCAUAAUAUAAUGAAGAGGUUGCCGAUAGACUCAUAG